UCACCCAUCAAGUUCAUUUAACAGAUUUUUUAUACAAUACUUUACAUGUUUAUUUUUAUUUAUACAUAUUUUACCUACAGAUUAUAAUGUGUAAUAUUUUUUCGGAAUGUGGGUACACAAUAUCCAACGUAACAUACAUAUUGGAACGACUAGCUUCAUGUUGUGCCCUAACCGCCGUCGUUUCCUGUAUAGUGGCAACACUAACGAUAAUGUUAGGAGUCGGUGUUGGUCUCGGCUAUAACUAUUGCUUUGUGGACAUGAAACUUAAUGAAGUCAAACCAACAACUUCCACAUCCACAUUGGCUCCACGACGAAGAGUUUUCUCUGAAAACGCACAUUACAAUUCAGAGUUUGUAGAAGUGAAGAGAACACAGAAACCAGAACGUCCAACGAGGUCGAUAAAGAUACAAUCAACCAUUGUUUUAUCUCGAAGGCAUUGGGAUAGCUUACCGUCAUUGAUUUCAAAGUUAAAGAAUCGAAGGAAAAAUUUUACUUUAGAAUUACUAACGUGAUUUUUGUUUCGAUUGUACAGUUUGUUUUGUGAAUACGAAGAUCGAUAAUGUAUUUUUUGAUAUAUUUACUUGUUAUAUACAAUGAAUAAUUUGAGACUUUUACAUUUUUGAAUAAACAUUUUAUACAUUCGA